GUGAGGGCAGCUGAGCAGUAAGGAGAAGAAAGACAGUAGUGGUGACGCCACGGCCACACCCAUGAUCAACAUCAUAGCCCCGCCCGUGUCCCGUUAUUGGACGAGGAGAAGACCCGAUACGAGGGGCUCAUCACCGACAUAUACCAGCAGCUGGAUGACAAGGAUGAUGAGAUCAACCAACACAGCCAGUGGGCAGAGAAGUUCAAGGAGCAGAUGAUCAUCCUAUUAUGAUCCUACCCYAUACAACACAUCUCCUUCAUCAAGAUGAGACCACUCUGGCGGGGUUACAGAGGGAGCUGACCAGUCUACAGGAGCUCAGUAGUCAUCAUAAGAAGAGAGCAGCAGAGAUUCUCAGUCUACUGCUCCGAGACCUCAGUGAGAUAGGAGGCAUCAUCGGCACCAGUGACCUCAAGGCUAUGAUGGAGGUGAAUGAGGUCAUCGAGGAGGAGUUCACCAUGGCUCGUCUCUACAUCAGUAAGAUGAAGUCAGAGGUCAAGUCUCUGGUGAACCGCAGCUGGAGAGCUCCCUGGCCGACACCUCCCGCAGGAUGCAGGCCAAUGAGAAGGAGCUGACCUCCUGUCAGUUACUCAUCGCCCAGACAAAAUGAAGGAGGGGCAUGUGAUGGAUAAACAGAAGGAGCACCUGACCAAACUGCAGGAUGCAGUAGGGAUGAAGAAGACCCUAGAGGAACAGAUGGAGAACCAUAGAGAGGUYCAUCAGAAGCAGCUGUCCCGUCUGAGAGACGAGAUCGACCACAAUCAGAGGGUCCUGGAAGAGCUCAAGGAUCUAAACCAGGACCUUCAGCUGGAACAGAGGAAGCUGCAGUCAGACUAUGACAAACUGAAGGCUGAGGAGCAGCAGAAGGACGAGCAACUGCAGAAACUUGUGCAAGUCUAUUUAUUACAGUAUCUACCACAGUUGUGUUUGGUUCUCCUCAGACAUGGUCAUAGCAUAAUCAGAACAUGGYCAUAACCCCCUAGAGUCGAUUUCUGCAGACCCACAGAAAUCUAAUUGGCAUGAGAAAAAAAUAUCCAUCAAAAUUCAUUUAAGCUAGAGAUUGGAUGUGUCUCAAUCCACCACWUCUGCAUSUGCAGUGAAAGGUGGCAGAGCUAAAGCA